AUGGCCUCCGAAGCUUGUCUGCAUUCAGGGGCGCCCCCCGCCCGUCUGUGGAUCCAAAGGCCUGGCAUCUACGAGGACGAGUCGGGGAGGAACUGGGUGACCGUAGUCGUGCGGUUCAGUCCAUCGCAAAGAGAAUGGGCCAGGCUCUCAAGCUCCCAGGGCAGCGCCUCCCAGAGCAGCACAUAUGAACCCAGCAUCACAGUGCACUUGUGGCAGAUGGCAGUGCACCGCCAAGAUCCGCUGUCCCCCAGCCAGAUGCCCUUCUCCCGGCUGCCCCCCGUGUGGCAGCUCUGCCCCGGGAACAAGUACCGAGCAUCGGAUUCCAGUUUCUGGGAAAUAGUGAACCACGGCCAGAUCGACUCCAUCGAGCAGCUGGUCCUAACAUAUGAACCAGAGAGGAAUCACUGA